AUGAUUAUUUUCCUUCUAGUUUCAGAGCCCACGAUGAAGAGACUCCUGGUGCUUUGUGACUGCCUCUGGGCCUGGAGCCUCCUUCUGAAUGCACUGACUGAAAGAAGCUACGGACAAACCUCAUCACAAGAUGAACUUAAAGACAAUACCACAGUAUUUACCAGAAUAUUGGAUCGUCUGCUGGAUGGUUAUGAUAACCGCUUGAGACCAGGACUGGGAGAGCGUGUAACUGAAGUGAAGACUGACAUCUUCGUCACCAGUUUUGGGCCUGUUUCAGACCAUGAUAUGGAAUACACUAUAGAUGUAUUUUUCCGCCAAAGCUGGAAAGAUGAGAGAUUAAAAUUCAAAGGACCUAUGACUGUUCUCCGGUUAAAUAAUUUAAUGGCCAGCAAAAUUUGGACACCUGAUACGUUUUUCCACAAUGGAAAGAAGUCAGUGGCUCAUAACAUGACAAUGCCAAAUAAACUAUUACGAAUUACAGAGGAUGGGACAUUGCUAUACACAAUGAGAUUGACUGUGAGAGCAGAAUGUCCAAUGCAUUUAGAAGACUUUCCUAUGGAUGCACAUGCUUGCCCCUUGAAAUUUGGAAGCUAUGCUUAUACCAGAGCAGAGGUUGUAUAUGAAUGGACACGGGAACCAGCAAGAUCAGUGGUUGUGGCUGAAGAUGGCUCUCGAUUGAACCAAUAUGAUCUGCUUGGACAAACUGUGGACUCUGGAAUUGUUCAGUCCAGUACAGGGGAAUAUGUUGUUAUGACUACACAUUUUCAUUUGAAGAGGAAGAUUGGUUACUUUGUCAUCCAGACUUAUUUGCCAUGCAUCAUGACAGUGAUACUGUCACAGGUGUCCUUCUGGCUUAACAGAGAAUCUGUUCCAGCAAGAACUGUAUUUGGAGUGACAACUGUCCUGACAAUGACUACUCUGAGCAUUAGCGCAAGGAAUUCGCUCCCCAAGGUGGCCUAUGCCACCGCUAUGGAUUGGUUCAUAGCAGUGUGCUAUGCCUUCGUGUUUUCUGCACUCAUCGAGUUUGCAACAGUGAAUUACUUCACAAAGAGAGGCUACGCAUGGGAUGGCAAAAGCGUCGUUCCUGAAAAGCCAAAGAAAGUGAAGGAUCCUCUCAUUAAGAAAAAUAACACAUACACAGCUGCAGCUACGAGCUACACACCUAAUAUUGCAAGGGACCCUGGGUUGGCAACCAUUGCAAAAAGUGCAACGAUUGAGCCCAAAGAAGUUAAGCCAGAAACAAAACCUGCAGAACCCAAGAAAACUUUUAACAGCGUCAGUAAAAUUGAUCGACUAUCAAGAAUAGCCUUCCCAUUGCUUUUUGGAAUCUUUAACUUAGUCUAUUGGGCUACCUAUUUAAACCGGGAGCCCCAGUUAAAAGCUCCAACUCCACAUCAAUAACCUCAUUUAUUCGUAUAGUUCUGUUUUGUCUUUUGCUCUGGGAAUUGCUUCCCAUUUUCACAUACAGUAAUUCCCAUUUGCUUUAUUGCCUCUGUCUUAAAGAAAAUAAAGAUUUCUCUAUUUAACAAAAGGUAAAAUAUAUCUGUAUAUUUUGAAAAACUUUGUGUGAGAGAGAGAACAAUAUAAGCUAUAUAGUUUGGAAAAGUGAUUCUGAAAAUGGGAAAGAGAGAGUUGUAGAGUAACAAAAAAAAAAAAAAAAAAAAGAAACCAUUUGUAGAUAACUUAGUACUGAAUGUCCCCAAAAGCUAUUGUAUAUGUACGUGAAAGAGAUAUUUUUAUUCAAAGGAUUGUAGGGAGUGGGAAAAUAUUCUUUAUGAUGUUCCUGAUGCGCAUACUAUACCAUACCAUUUAUUCAACCGCUGUUUAUAACCUUUUCAAAGAUGUAAAGCUUUCCAUUUGCUGAAUCCCAUAAUGUUAUUUUCCUAAUCCCUUUUCUCUUCUGUAUUCCAACCCACCUGACUUAUAAUAUUAAAUGGUCUUCAAAUAAAAAGGAAAUCUACUCACUCUAGGUACAGUUUGUCACUGUAUAGCACAUAAGAUCUAAUGGUAACAAAUGCUUUAAUCUGCUGUCUUACUACAGUCUUGCUCUAAGCAUUAAAUUGUCACUAGAGUAGAUUUAAAAAACCAGUUGCACAGUCAAGUGCAAAUCCCAAUUUCCCUGUGUAUCAUGUGUGAUACAAACAAUUCCUGGAUGCUUUUACAGAUAGUUUUUACUCAUCACUACAUUUUAAAAAGUUAAAAAAAACCACCACAAGCCAACCAAUAAUUUUUGCAAGCUCCAGAUAUGUUGAAUGUAUUCUUUUAUAAAAUGAUACGUUAAAAGAAGCUUUAGACUGAGAUUUAAGGAUAGGAGAAAGACAAAAUAUAGUAUUUAAGUAAUAUAUGUAAAUAUGCAGCAUGAGAUUGUACAUUUUUUUACUUUUUUAAAGUUGUGUUCUUAAAACAUCUGUAGGGUUCACCUCUUAGCUCUUAAUAUGUUGUUAAAUGCUCAAUAAAACAUAUUUAGAGCCUGAAUUUAAA